GUCUGCUUUGUCAAAAGUUAGCUAAUUAAUAAUUUGCUACUUUACCAACUUCUCCGAUCACCUCCCGUUCCCAAAAUGACAACCAGCAUCCACAUCACCGCCCUAGACGGCAUCGUGAACGUGAACUCGCUCUUCACCCUAGCCGUCUUCAUCGGGCUGACCUGGAGCCCCACCGACCCCUCCAACAGCCUCGUCGUGGACCAAACCUGCAUCCCCGGCUCCUCCAUCGCCGAGAACCUCGUGGCCUUCCACGUGUACUCCUUCAGCUCCUUCCUCUUCUCCAGCCUCAUCGCCCUGGGCCUCAAGCAGGCCAUCCGGAUCUCCAGGAGCCCAACCUACCGCCCACCCGUCGAGUUCCUGGCCCAAAUCAACCGCUCGGUGGUCCGGAUCGGCAUGCUGGUCUCGGGCGUCGGCUCGUUCUGCGGGUGCGGGUUCCUGACUCUGGCUCUGGUUAAUGUGGUCCAGAUCAAGCUCGGCACUUUGUCUUGCGGCAGCUCAGCUACCUUGGGCGCUGUGGUUCCACUCGUUAUUUUGGUCCCUGUUGGGCUUCUCUUAUAUGUUUGUAUGGUUUUGUACGCUUUUAGUCGCUAAUGUUGUCCCUAGAGUUGUUUGUAUUUUCUGAAUAUUGGAGGCCUUAUUUGGAUGUCUAAUGCCAUUUUAUCUUAGUUAAUGCUUUCA